AUGCGAAAAAAGGCCCACGGAACAUCGGAGACACCCGUGCAGAAUCCACUUCGGUGGGGAUGUGACACCAAAACGGCCGAUCGUAUUGCAAACUUUAACAGACAUUAUGCUGAACGUUCCGGGUACUGGUUGACCACGUCGUUCAUGGACGAAGCGACCGCCAAUGGGACUCCAGAUGAGAAACAUCCAGUGGAAUUCUAUGACAGCAAUACGGGAAAACCCAUUUUCCGAGCACCGAUUGGGCGAACGUGGGAGGAUUUUGUCGCCGAGAGUCGAAAACACGGUUGGCCCAGUUUCCGCAAUCAAGAAGUCGUUUGGGAAAAUGUGCGAGUCCUAGAAGAUGGAGAGACGGUUUCGGCGGAUGGUACACACUUAGGCCAUAAUCUACCGGAUGGUCAAGGGUACAGAUACUGCAUCAAUCUGGUUUGCAUUUCAGGGAACCCAGAAGAAGACAAUGCACGCAAACAGUUGUAG